UUCUUCCCGGCAGCCCUAACGCUAGUCGGAACUCCUCAAGAUGGCGGCCGACAGUGAACCCGAGUCCGAGGUAUUUGAGAUCACCGACUUCACUACUGCCUCGGAAUGGGAGAGGUUUAUUUCCAAGGUUGAAGAAGUCUUGAAUGACUGGAAACUGAUUGGAAACUCUUUGGGAAAGCCACUUGAAAAGGUCAGAUCUAUUUGCUGGUGUCUCUCAUAUUAUAGAACUCUGUCUGAUAAUGAACAUAAUAACUUUUCAUUACCAAACAUUUUUGUAGAUGUUAUUCCACAAUCUAUGCAAGAUUUGCUGUGUAUGAAUAAUGACUUUCCUCCAAGAGCACACUGCCUGGUAAGAUGGUACGGGCUGCGUGAGUUCCUGGUGAUUGCCCCAGCUGCACACAGUGAUGCUGUUCUCAGUGAAUCCAAGUGCAACCUUCUUCUGAGUUCUGUUUCUAUUGCAUUGGGAAACACUGGCUGUCAGGUGCCACUCUUCGUGCAGAUUCAUCACAAAUGGCGAAGAAUGUAUGUAGGAGAAUGUCAAGGUCCUGGUGUCCGAACUGAUUUUGAAAUGGUUCAUCUUCGAAAAGUACCAAAUCAAUACACUCAUUUGUCAGGUCUGCUGGAUGUCUUCAAGUCAAAGAUUGGAUGUCCUUUAACUCCAUUGCCUCCAGUUAGUAUUGCCAUUCGAUUUACUUACGUACUUCAGGAUUGGCAGCAGUAUUUUUGGCCUCAGCAGCCUCCAGAUAUAGAUGCCCUUGUAGGAGGAGAAGUCGGAGGCCUAGAGUUUGGCAAGUUACCAUUUGGGGCCUGUGAGGAUCCUAUUAGUGAACUCCAUUUAGCAACUACAUGGCCUCAUCUAACUGAAGGGAUCAUAGUGGAUAAUGACGUUUAUUCUAUUUUCCAUGUAGGUGAUUUUGUCACUGAGUUUUUUAAAAUCUGCCGUCGAAAGGAGUCAACUGAUGAGAUUCUUGGACGAUCCACAUUUGAGGAAGAAGGAAGAGAAAUUGCUGAUAUAACUCAUGCUUUGUCAAAGUUGACAGAGCCAGCUCCAGUUCCAAUUCAUAAAUUAUCAGUAUCAAAUAUGGUACACACUGCAAAGAAGAAAAUACGAAAACACAGAGGUGUAGAAGAGUCACCACUGAAUAAUGAUGUCCUCAAUACUAUUCUACUGUUCUUAUUCCCUGAUGCUGCUUCUGAGAAACCAUUAGAUGAAACUACUUCAGUAGACAAUAAUCCUCCAUCAGAGAGUGAAGACUAUAAUCUCUACAAUCAAUUUAAAUCUGCACCUUCUGACAGUUUAACAUACAAAUUGGCUUUGUGUCUUUGUAUGAUCAAUUUCUACCAUGGAGGAUUGAAAGGAGUGGCACACCUCUGGCAGGAAUUUGUUCUUGAAAUGCGUUUCAGAUGGGAAAACAACUUUCUGAUUCCAGGAUUAGCAAAUGGACCGCCAGACCUAAGGUGUUGUUUAUUACAUCAGAAGCUACAGAUGUUGAAUUGCUGUAUUGAAAGAAAGAAGGCACGUGAUGAGGGGAGAAAGCCAAGUACUUCAGAUACUGUCGCUAAUACGUACCCAGGAGAUGCUGGAAAAGCUGGAGACCAGGUGGGGUCAGAUAGUGUAAAAGAUACAGAUAAGGAAAAGGGAGACACUGGAAAAUCUUGGGAUUCCUGGAGUGACAGCGAAGAAGAAUAUUUUGAAUGCCUAAGUGAUACUGAAGAACUUAAAGGAAAUGGACAAGAGAGUGGCAAGAAAGGAGGACAUAAGGAGAUGGCAAAUUUAAAGCCAGAAGGAAGGCUCUAUCAGCAUGGGAAGCUUACGUUGCUACACACUGGUGAACCUCUUUACAUUCCAGUAACCCAGGAACCAGCACCCAUGACAGAAGAUCUGCUAGAAGAGCAGUCUGAGGUUUUAGCUAAAUUAGGUACAUCAGCAGAAGGGGCUCACCUUCGAGCACGCAUGCAGAGUGCCUGUCUGCUCUCAGAUAUGGAGUCUUUUAAGGCAGCUAAUCCAGGUUGUGUUCUGGAAGAUUUUGUGAGGUGGUAUUCACCCCGGGAUUAUGUUGAAGAGGAGGUGAUUGAUGAAAAGGGCAACAUGGUGCUGAAAGGAGAACUGAGUGCCCGAAUGAAGAUUCCAAGCAAUAUGUGGGUGGAAGCUUGGGAAACAGCUAAGCCAAUUCCUGCUAGAAGGCAAAGGAGACUCUUUGAUGAUACACGGGAAGCAGAAAAGGUGCUUCACUAUUUCGCAAUCCAGAAACCUGCAGACCUUGCUCGGCACCUGUUACCUUGUGUGAUUCAUGCAGCUGUACUCAAGGUAAAGGAAGAAGAAAUUCUGGAAAACAUUUCUUCAGUUAAGAAGAUUAUAAAGCAGAUAAUAUCCCAUUCCAGUAAAGUUUUGCACUUCCCUAAUCCAGAAGACAAGAAAUUGGAAGAAAUCAUCCACCAGAUUACUAAUGUGGAAGCUCUAAUUGCUAGAGCCCGGUCACUGAAAGCCAAGUUUGGAACUGAAAAAUGUGAACAGGAGGAGGAAAAGGAAGAUCUUGAAAGGUUUGUGAGUUGCCUACUGGAACAGCCUGAAGUGUUAGUCACCGGUGCCGGAAGAGGUCAUGCGGGCAGGAUCAUUCACAAGUUGUUUGUGAAUGCUCAGAGGGCUGCAGCCAUGGCUCCACCAGAGGACGAAUUGAAGAGAAUGGGCUCCCUGGAAGAAAGAAGGCAGAACUCAGUGUCAGACUUCCCACCCCCUGCAGGCCGGGAAUUCAUUUUGCGCACCACCGUGCCGCGCCCUGCUCCCUACUCCAAAGCUCUGCCUCAGCGAAUGUACGGUGUCCUCACCAAAGAAGAUUUUAGACUUGCAGGUGCCUUUUCCUCAGAUACCUCCUUCUUCUAAUUCUUCUAGUGUGACCUCAUCAGUGGCUUCAGAGACAGUGCUGCCACCUCCCAUGGGAGGGAGGGUGUGCCAGGGAGAACCCAACACAAGGUUGAGGUCGUGGAGAGGGCCCUGUGCAAUUGAUUGAUUAGGAAUCAAACCAGCACCUAGAAGACUUGCUAGCACCCAGCUUGGUCUCUGUUUCUUGGUGGUGGCAGAAAACAUGGGCUUGAACUAUUAAGAGAUUUCUGCCUUGAAGAGAUGGGCUUUGUGUGGGGAAAGGGACAACAAACUCUAGAAGCUCUCUGUAGUGACUCUGGCAGGAUAAUGUUUAUUUUAUUCUCCUCUGUGACUGUCAGUGGGGCUAUUCCCUCAUUCAUAGUCUGUGUAAACACUUAGUGGUUGUAUUUAUUAGUAUCAAGUAUCAAGCAAAAUAGAGUAUCUGUUAACCCCAGUUUCAGGGUAUGUUGGUGGUACCAUGUUUCCCCCCAAAAUAAGACCUACCCAAAAAAUAAGCCCUAGCAGGAUUUCUAUGCAUUUGUUAAAU